AUGGGCUUCCAUAGUUUAGGAGGCAGCUGUAACCAGAAGGUCGCAGAAAAAUACUUCCUGCGCUACAAGUUUACAGCAUUUUUCAAAGCAAGCACGUUUCCUGUUUUUAGAGCUCUCGGUGUCUGUGAUGGCAGACAGAUCGCUCACUACAGUAAUGAAGAAAGAGUUUGGAUAAGAUCGAGUCUGACUGAAGAUGACCGGAUCAAUGCUCCUGAAGAACCACCUGAUUCUAGAGACUGGUUCCUACAUCUGUUAAACACUCUGUCAGACUGCACAGACUCUCUGUGUUCUGAGCUCCAUGUUCUUCAGAGAGUAAUUGAUUGUGAACGGGAGAAACUUUCUGAUGGAUCAGUGAAUCUGAGAGCAUUUGAUGAAUAUGGAUUUGAUGGAGAGGAUUUUAUGGCCUUUAAUUCUGACACACUGCAGUGGAUUGAUAAACACCCCAAAGCUAAAGAAACCAAAAUUAAAUGGGAUCAGCAAACAGUACGCAAUGAACUCCUGAAGCAAUACCUCAAGACCUGCACUGACUGGAUCUCCACAUUUAACAACACAAAAAAGACUCCACCUGAUGUUCGUGUAUUUGUGAAGAAAGCUACUGAUCACAGUAAGCUGGUUCUGAGCUGUCUGGCCACUGGCUUCUACCCCAGAGAUAUUGAGAUGUACAUUAGGUGGGACAAAUCUGUUCUUGUGAACCAAACAUCUUCUGGAAUCAGACCAAAUGCUGAUGGAUCAUUUCAGAUGAGAUCCAGUGUGGAGAUCGAUGCAAAUCACAAUGGGUUUUAUGACUGUCUGGUCAUUCACAGCAGUCUGACUCAGACACGAGCGGUUGUAACAGUGUGGACCAUAUAUCAGCACAAAUUAAGUGAAUCUCUGUGGUCUCUUAUAACAGGAAUAAUAGCAGCUGUAGUUAUAUUUCUCUGUGUGAUUGUUUGCUGCAUAUAUGAAAAGAAAAAGUCAAAUGGUAAGUUAUAAAUAUUCAACACGAUCAUUGCUGCUUUAAAUCUC